AUGGACGUCUCGCCCUUACAGUCAGGAUCGAAGUGCAGUUCGGAUUUCAGCAUUGAGAGAAUUUUAAGUGACGAUCCCAGAAGUCGUGAGGAGGCUGCGGAAAGUCCGAGUUGGUUGUGUUGUACGCGAUAUCAGCCACCACGAAUUCCACGUCCUACAAGCGUAUACCGGUCUCGCCGUUCUGGUCGGCACGCGCGAGUGCCAUUUACGGCGGCACAGGCAAUUGCGCUCGAAGCUGCUUAUGCGCGAGCGCCAUACCUAGCGCCUCCAGCAUUGCGUGCAUUGGCUGCGGCAUUACAGCUUCGAGACGAUAGGAUUAAAAUUUGGUUUCAAAAUCGUCGAGCCAGAGAGAGAAGGGAGAAAAGUGCAACGAUCACACCACCUCAAGCUGUCACUCUACCUCCGACCUCUCAAAGUGCCGUUUUAGCUAACAACGCUAGUGGAUCACAUGUAUCUUUAGAUUUAUUAGGUAUACCCAGUGGUUUCAUAAACUCCGUGGUUUAUCCACAUGAUAUAACUUCACCAUUAAGGAUUAGUAAACAAAAUAGUUUUGAAGAUACUAAUGACGACAGUGAGAGACCGGAAACUCCUCUCGAUAUUGAAAAUGUAGAUUCGUAAAAUUUAUGUAAAUUACAUAAUUUUUUACAUACUUACCAUUGUUUAUGAUUAUA